AGCCUACCGAACAGCCAGUCCGGCACGGCGCGUUGUCCCGAAUGCACGUCGAACCAUCGAUUUCCGCGUGUGCUGCCCACGUGAUCGAGCUCCAUCUCGCAACACGACACCUCUCCUCCCCGACUCGGCCGUGCCUCGGCCGUUGUGGUGCUGGGUCUCGGUCCCGCUCGUUCACGGAUUCGAGCCGCGCCGUCCAUCCACGACCAACUCGCUCGAUCCACGCCGAAUCGAUCUCCUCGACUCUCGGUCGUUUAAUCGGUGGAUAUUUCGAAGAAAUAUUCGGCGAGAAAGAAGGCGGAUUGGACCUGGCAUCCGAAAGAGACAUAGAGAGAGAGAAAGAAGGUUGGAAGAUCACGUGGUCGCGUGAACACUACGGCGUAUAAACCGUAGAGGCCAGAGACACUGGGCCGGUUUUUCACCGCGGUAUCUCUCCUCCAGGGAUGAAAACGAGCGACGAAUGAAUGGGAGUGGCCAGCAUUCCGGACUGUAAAGAUCAGCGGGCCAGCUACGAAUGGAACUGUUGGUCGACGACGAUCCGGAAAAUGGAUGUCGCCAAGAGUGGAACAGAGGACUUCGUGACGGUGGUGAGCGUGGAGAGCGUUCAUCAUCCCCAUCCCCAGGAGAAUUUCGUCACGGUGCUCUCGAUCGGGAGCAGGAAGGAGGAGGAGGAGGAGGAGGCUGCGAGGUUGCCGCUCGAGGAGGAGGUGGAGGUGUACAGGUUGCCCGGGGAGCGGUUGGGCUUCGGCCUCAAGUUCGAGGGUGGGAACAAGACGUCGGAGAGGGUGAGACGGUUGUUCGUGCAGAGCUGCGCGGAGCAGAGCCCUGCGAGCAGGGCGAGAUGCUCUUGGGGCACGCUGGGGGAGGGCGACGAGGUGCUCUCGAUAGACGGCGUGCCGGUGACGCACAUGACUCGGCUGGAUUGCGUGAGGCGGUUGAAGGAGUCGCAGCUGGUGAUCAAGCUGAUGGUGAGGUGCAGAGGGGCGCUGAGGCCGGAGGUGGUGAGCGCCGAGAAGAAGACUUGCCCGGAGAGGGACAAGGUGCCGCCCGAGCUGCCCUCGGCGCCCCCCCCGGUCCCCCCCCGCAAGUUGAGACUGGCCCGAGGCCUGGCCGACGGCGAGGCGAACCCGAACCCGGCCAAGCGGUCGUGGAACGCGGCGAGGGCCAAUUCCCAGAACGCUUCCCCCGACCACUCGCCGACCGCCGCGGCCGAGGCGAGCAAAUCGACCUCCUACGAGAGCUGCGAGUCGUCGCCCAGAAGCGGAUCGAGCCCCAAAGGAUCCCCCCCGAAGGAACGUUCCCCGGAACUGGCCAAAUCGGGGGUGAAACAGGAGCCGCCCCCGGAGGCGAUGGUGUACGUGGACGCGAGGUCGCAGUGCGGCUCGACGCACGGGAGCACGUCGGACGACACGGGUAGCUCGAUGUCGACGGUGAUCGACCGGUUCUCGAGCUCGGACCGGGUCUCGACCAUCUCGACCGCGUCCACGGCGUCGACGGCGUCCGAGCAGCCGGGCGACUUCUCGCGGAUCGACCAGGAUUUCGAGAGAUCGUCGAAACCGCCCGCCACGUCCGCGAUCUGUCCAUUCGAGGGGGUGGACGACUAUUACGCGUCGAACCCGCCCGACUACCUGCUCCGCCGUUUGGCAAGCUCCGAGGCGGUGACCCACGUGGAGUCGCGGGGCGAGGUGGAGAAGAUCACGGCCGUGGUGGCGCCCAACACGGUGCUGAUCGAGGAAACGAUCACGUUUCAACCGCCGUUGAGCUUCCAGGACGCGCCGCUGAGCUACGGCCACGAGGCAAGGCCCGACCUCUUCUACACCGCCGACCUCGCCGCCGACUCGACCACCCACUUCAGGCCGAUCAAGGACGACGUGGAGCUGGUCGAGCGCGUCAACAGCGCGCCCGACUCCUCGGACAGGACGCCGCCUCCCCUCCCAGCGAGGAACCACGUAAACAGGAUCACGGUGAAUCGGCCGUCGUCGUCGAGCAGCCUCGACUCGCGCCCUCCUCCUCCCCGUUCCACCAACGAAGGCGCUCACGCGCCUCUCCUGCCCCCCAAACCGUUGCCCAGAAGGGACGUCAAGAUCAGGAGGAAGAGGCCACCGCCGCCGCCGCCGCCUCCGCCGCCCGCCAUCCUCCCAAGAACCGAGACCAAAUCCUCCGUCGUUUCGUCCUCCGCUUGUUCAUUGCCAGAGUCUCGGCAGACGAGCUUCGAGAACGAGGACGAGAACGAGAACGAGGACCAGCUGUGCCUGGAAACGAUCGCCGCCGAUCAAUUGGAGGAGGCCAGCCUCGCGAGAGCGUGUCUGGAGAACGGCAGAGCACGGGAGGAGAAGGAGGAGGAUGGAGGGUUGAACGGGGUUGAGGAGAGGAGGAACGAGGAGACGGACGACACCGAGUCCAUGGAGAACUACGAGGUUGGGGAGGGGUACAGGACGAACAAGGUGUUGGAGAUCAUCGAGAUAAGGAAGGCGAGAGCGUUCCCUCCCCGAAGGGGGGCCAACGUUUCUCCCUCGAGCGAGAAGAACGAGGAGAAAAGAUUGUUAGGGGAGGCAGAAGGGACGAAGGAGGAUGAUUUUUGCCAGCCGGAGGAGGCGGGAGGGAUGGAGUCGGACGAGGAACAGGUGACCAAGUUCAACGAGCCGGUGGACGAACUGGAGCAAGGGGGAGGGAAGGAGGUCGGGCGAGAGAGGGAGGGCGAGGAGAGCGAGGGCUCGUUUCGAUCGUGCGCCGAUCUAACCUCGGCUAAUCGUGGCGGCGAGGAAGCGGUCGUGGAGGAUGACACGACGAGCGAGGAGAGCGACGAGGGGGAUUACUAUUGGCAGAGCAACCUGGCCACGAUCGGGGAGGAGGAGGAGACCAACUCUCUGGAAUACGCGAACCCGAACAAAGAGGCGGGCGAGAGCGAGGCGAUCGAAGCGCAGGGGAAAACGGAGCGACAAGACUCGGCGGGCAAGGAAGACGCGUUCGAUGCAAAUGCACGGAAUGACGAGGUAGACGACGCGAAUCGAAGCGCGAAUUUCCCAUCGUCGGAGCCGCCCGUCGAAAAUCACCACUCAGAGACGGUAAAUGGUAGGAUGGACAACUGCGGAGGCGGUCAGCGGCUGCCCCCGGACGGGGACGAGUUUCCAGCGGCGUACCAAGAGUUCGGUGGGAACAGCGGACAACAGCAGCAGCAACAACAACAACAGCAACCGCAACAACAGCAGCAACAGCAGCAGCAGCACCGUUUCGCGACGACGGGGAGCGCGACGGCGAGGACGUCGACGAUGAUGGGGAACGGGCGGCUCGUGUCGUGCAACGAGGGCGAGUCGUUCAUGGUGAACGAGGGGUACAAGUUGCUGGAGGGGAACGUGGUGACGGGCAGCGGGAUCAUCCUGCAGACCGAGAACAGGAUCGUGGCGGGCCUCGUCCCGGGCGCGGAGAGCUCGUCCGUUUGCCAGGAGGUGGUCGGAAAGCUGGAGAUGGCGGGGAUCGAGGUGAUGGGCGGCAAGGUGGGGAGCGAGAACGUGGUCGUUCGUUGCCAGGACGCGGGCAGCAACGGCGGUGUCUCCCUCCUGGCUCGGGACGAGGCGAAGGACGACUCGGCGAAAAAGCGUGUUUACUCGGCCGCCGGCUGCUACGGCGGCCAAGGCGACGGGAGCAGCGGCAACGUGCUCGUGUCCGAGAAGAGGAUCGAGAUCACCGGCUAUUAUCACAAAGACGUGGUGAUCGAGGAAGAUCGGCACGCGGAGAAGGACGACACGCCCCCGCCGCUGCCGCUCACCGGCCCGCCCAAGAUCGACCGCCCCACCCCCUCGUACGCGGCGAGGAACGCCCCGACCCUCGACACGACGACGCCCAGAAAAUUCACGUUGAACGGCGAACUGUGGAGGCAGGACGACAAAUCCGAGCGAUCCGUCAGGGACAAGAUCGCCAUGUUCUCGUCCCAGAGCAGCCUGGACGGCCCCCUGUUCCCGAGCGCGAGCGUGAUAGCAGCGGCCGCGACUAGCAGGAGGCUGCUAUCCAAGUACAAGUCGACGGAGGACGUGUGCAGCGAGGAGAGGAUGCAGUGCGGCCAGAAGGAGAGGAUCUCGUUCCUCGGGGACAGGACGCAGAGCUCGUUCGACCUGACCGACUCCGGGCGAAGCGUCGGCCAGGAUGCGGGGAAGAGGUACAACAGGCAACGGUCGCCGUCGGCCGCCACCGCGCCGUUCAACGCGUUCAUCAACGCCCAGAAAACGUUCCCGCAGAGAGGCAACGCGACGGUGACCGGGUCCCCGUUCGAGGCGUCCCCGAUCCCGAAAUCGUCGGCGAAGAGUUACGUCUCGAGCGCGGGCCAAAGUUGCCCGCCGAUGAAAGCGGGUGUCGCCGCGUCGGCCGCGUUGUCCCGCGCCACGAGCUUCUCCGGUUCCCCGUACGGGCAUCAGGAUCGUACGACGACGGGCGGCGAUCCCGCGCCGACGUUGGCCAUCGCGAGGACGAAUUCGUUGGCGUCCACGUUCAAGAGGCCCGCCGAGGACAGCCUAAGGAGGAACAGUUUGAACCAAUUGAUCGAGCAGAGGAAGAGGUCCAUCUCGAAAUUGAGAGGAUUGGUGAUCCCCGAGAAGGAGACGAUAACGAUCGACGCGCCCAUCGUCGACCUGCCCGAAAUCAAGUCCCGAGACUCGAUACUGUUGCAUCAGGUGUUGCCAAAGAUGAGCAUUCAGGACAAGUGGGGCUCGCAAAGUUCCUUGGCGAGCAACGCAAGCACGGCCAGCGUGCCUCUGAGGAGCGCCGCUUCUUUCAAGAUGCCCGCCCCCCAAAUACACUCCAAGUACUCGCCCGCGUUCAAGAGGAAGAGUCUGACCGUGUACGGCACGUCCUCGUCCAAUUCCUGCUCGACCGCCGCCGUGAAAACUGCCUCGCCCGUCGCCACCGUCAUCUCCACGCCGCCGCUUUGCGAGCCUCCCAAGAGCCUGGAGAGCAUCUGCAGCCCGACGCGAAGCGACUACAGUUUCGAGUACGCGUCGGCCGCCAGCUCGCCCGAGGGAUUGCGCGGGAACAGGCCGAGGGCGGCGCAGAGGAAGGCGAGGAUGGAUUACGACGACUCGGACAACGACUCGGCCGUGAGCAGCUCGCAGAGCAGCAUAUCCCGCGGCUUCAGCCCGCCCGCCUCCCCCGUCCCCUCGGAACGCUCCACCAUUUCGUCCGAGAGAUCGUACUUAUCGACGGAGAACAACUAUCAGCGGCGAUCCCUGAUCAUAGACAGCCCGACCAGAGGCUACAACCAGGCGAGGGAGUCGGACGGGUCCCAGAGAAACGGUUCCCAGAUACCUCAGAGACAGUUGAAACGAUCGAACAGCACGGAUACCAAUUGCAGCACCUCCUCGACUCUCACCUCGGGCUCACAGGCGAGCGCCGAGUCGCUGUCCCGACGGGUGCUCAAACCGCAGAGCGUGGAGGCCAUAAAUCGCAAGAACAUUCUGGCGAGCGCUAGAUGCCGCAGCGGCAGAGAUCUGAACGGAUCGCCGCUGAUUCAAAGGAAGUUUGCCGACGACAAGGGGCGGUCGAUGAUCGGCGAAAACGGGGAGGAGAACGGUUAUCAGAAAAGUCGGGGGAAAAACAGCGUUUCGAGUGCGAAAGACGUGGUGAAGAUCGCUUACAUCGAGGUGACGGAUCCGUUGGGAGAGGAGGAUCCUUUUCAAAAGGCGAGCGAGCGAUCCGACUCGCCUUUGAAGACGAGCGUCGUCGCCCCGCCCUCGAGCAACAACGUGGCCAGGCCGUCCAAGUUCGAGGCGUCGAUCGAACCCUCGAACGAUUUGAAAAUGUGGGUUCGCGCCGAGGCGAAGGCUCUGGCCAGAUCGAUAGAGGAGAAACCGGUCGAUAAAGUAGAGAAGAAGCCGGCCGAUAUCGCUGCCGCCGACCCCGUGGACAACACGGAUCAGAGGAGGAACAGUAAUAAAUCUGUCGUAAUGGAGAAACAACAACGGUACGGCUCGAUCGAUCUGUCCUCGCCGAGUAGACGAGGCCAGGAAAACGAGAAUCCAGAGUCCAGAUUGACGAAGCAACCGUCGCGUUGCUUACCGCCGAAGAAAUCUUCCGAGGAUCAGAACGAUCUAUUGACGAUACUCACGACCAAGAGUAGAUCUAGAUCGGCGAUACACGUGGACGAGGGAAGUUUUGGUCGGUCCAAGAGUCAGAUGAGUUUGGAGGAUAUCCUGGGGGCGAAGGCGGAGACGAAAUCGGCACGAGGUCAGAGCGGCGAGACGAGAACGGAGAAGAGCAACAUUUUCUCGAACCAUAGCAAUCUGGGAAAAUCUUUAUGGGAAUCGAGGGACAAUCGAUACAUGAGAAGAAGCUCGAGCACGUUGAACGAGUAUUGGAACGAGGAUCAUAAAUCGUUCUCGAAAGCAACGUUGGAAAAAUCAAGGUUGGGCGAGAAUAGCGCGGACGAGAUGAUGGAAGUGGAGAAAUCGAAAUCGACGUUGUCGAAAAUUCCAACGUCGAGAAAUCUCGGUCGAAGAAGCGUGAGUGUUACGGAUAUGAAGAAGGCUGUGGAGGUAAACUUUACCGGUGCGCAAACGCAGAACGUUGGAACUGGCCAUAACCGAUUUCCCAGUUUGGACAGUAGCGUGGACGAAAAUGUGUCCCCCGAUAUGGACACGGACAGAUGUUGCAGCGAACAAUUUGGAAGUAUCAGUUCGUUGGCGAGCAGCACCAGUUUGAUCUCGCAACAGGAAUUGGCGCAACUGGUCGAAGAGGCGAGUCUGGAAGAAACUCGAGGUGUCCACGACGUGAUCGUUGUGCUGCUUCACAAGGAGAAUCCGACCGGUAGCGUAGGAAUCACUUUGGCCGGAGGAGCGGAUUGCGAGAUCAAGGAAAUCACUAUUCACCGAGUUCUGGCCCAUUCCAUAGCAGACAAGGAUGGUCGUGUGCAGAGAGGAGACAGGAUUCUGAGUAUAAACGGAAGAAGCACGCAAGGUCUCACGCACAGAGAGAGCAUAGCGGUGCUCAAGCAGCCCAGAUCGGAAGUUGUUUUGGUUGUCUCUCGAUCGAGGACGGAGGAAGGGUCUUGCAAAUUGAAAUCACGAACCGCGAGCGUCGAAACUAUCAUCGAAGAUUUUGUUCUCGAAGGAUUCGAGACGAACGAUACUGCAGAGGACACUGCGUGGGGUCCACCGUCGGUUGUAGCAGUUUACAAGGACGGAACUGGUUUGGGAUUCAGUCUCGAAGGAGGUAGAGACAGCCCCCUUGGGAACAGGCCAUUGCUGAUCAAAAAGAUAUUUACCGGAGGUGCUGCUGAGAAAACAGGUGCCUUAAAGGCAGGGGACCAGUUAUUACAAGUGAAUGGAUAUGAUGUAACGCGAAUGUCAAGAAUCGAAGCGUGGUCUCUUAUGAAGAAACUACACGAUGGCGAAGUGAACCUCCUAGUCAGGCACCCUGCCACCAAAUCGUCGUAAAUGGUAGUCAAUUCCGAUAAACGUGUCGUAUGUAUAUCGUAACACCAUGGAGAUGCAAUACAACGAAUUUCAAACAAGUGCAAUGGUUUCAUAGAAUGCAAUUUUUAUAUUGAAUUUGAACGAUACAAUACGCGUUUGGAUGAUUCUUGUGUUCGAAAUCAGAUUUUAUUGCGAGUAUUUAGUCUAUUUUUUCAUCUACUUUCAAAAAAUAGAAUAAUCAAAUAUUUCGUUGAAAAUUUACUAUAGGAUCCAUAAAUUCUGCUUAUAUAUGUACGUGUGUAUCAAGAUUAUAUCGCUAAAUAAUUAUUUGAAAAUCUCUGCGAGAAAGAAUUUUUUUUUUGGUAUUGUGGUACUAUCGAGUACAAUGUGUAAUAUCCGUUUACAUAUACGUGAGGAAUACCUUUCCUAAUCAUCAUCUACUAUUAGUUUGUAUUGAAGUUUGAUCUAAAGAACAACGUAUGUGUAAACAUGUUUUUGUUUAAUACGAUAUAUUAUGAAAUAAAUAGAGAAAAAUAAUUUGUAAAUAAAGAGUGGAAAAAUUCAAAAUACAAUUAUUCUAGAAAUAUGGCAUAUAUAAUG